AUGCCAUGUUUCAGUCUGGUUCUCGUAUGCACGACAUCGUCAGGAUCAUUUCUUACGCCUUUCAUGUGGAAUCUCCUACUGAUCUCAUUAUGUACAUUAUAUGCUGUAAAAACUCGAAAUCUACCUGAAAACUUCAACGAGGCAAAAUUUAUAGGAUUUACUAUGUAUUGUACCCUUGUCGUCUGGAUAGCGUUCGUCGUACUGCAUAUGGGCACAGUGAACAAGGCGCUGACGAUGAGUUUCUCGUUCUCACUCUCCGCUUCAAUACCUCUGUUAUUGUUGUUCUUUCCCAAACUCUAUAUUAUUAUACUACACCCGGAGAAAAAUGUACGAGCUUCUUAUACAACCACCAAGUUGAUACGGAGUUCCACAAAGUCUUCGAGUCUGGCAGGUGCUGCGACUGGUGCUGGGAUAACGCGAACUGCUUCGGUUCAUGUACCAGCCGUCACCAAACCAUCACCGGGUCUUGUUGAUAGCUCUACACAAACUGAA